AAUGUGACCCGUCCACAUGUUGUCAGGGGCUGGAAGUGCUGAGCACUGCUGGAGCGACGCGCACCAGAGCGCACGGGACAUUGGAGGCUCCAAUAUAACAUUCAUUAUUAUUAUUAUUAUUAUUAUCAUCAGCCUGUAGAUUAGAAUUCCUUGUUUCUUCUUCUUUUUUUUUUAUUUGUUGAAUUGAGUUUGGAUAUGUUUUAUCCUUUGGAGCAUUUUCUUCUUUACGCACGAGCAUCACGGACGCUGCGUUUAUGACCUGAGGCGACGGGAGAGAGCGCGACAUGGAGACGUUCACGAUACAAGACGUGCUCAUGAACUCCACCGACCUGAACAAGAUCCUGUGCAAUUUCGGGAUCAAGAAUAUUUCGGAAUGCGAGGAGGAGCAGGAGCCAUCGCCCGAACCCCAAGAUAUCAACCAGACCGUGCGGAUCUUCCUCUACAGCCUCAUCUUCCUCCUCAGCGCCCUGGGCAACAGCCUCAUCGUCGCCGUGCUGGUGAGGAACCGCCGCAUGAGGACCGUCACCAACCUCUUCCUGCUGUCCCUGUCCAUCAGCGACCUGAUGGUGUCGCUGGUCUGCAUCCCCUUCACCCUCAUCCCCAACCUCAUGAGGGACUUCGUCUUCGGAGCCGGCAUGUGCAAGCUGGUCAUGUACUUCAUGGGUGUCUCAGUCAGCGUUUCCACCUUCAACCUGGUGGCCAUCUCCCUGGAGCGCUACAGCGCCAUUUGCAACCCGCUGACCUCCAGGUCGUGGCAGACCAAAUCCCACGCCGCCAAGGUCAUCACCGCCACCUGGGUGGCGUCCUCCAUCCUGAUGCUGCCCUACCCCAUCUCUAGCACCCUCAAGCCUUUUACCCGCCUCAACAACAGCACGGGGCACAUGUGCCGCCUGGUGUGGCCCAACGACACCAUCCAGCAGUCCUGGUACGUGUCUCUGUUGCUGCUGCUCUUCCUGAUCCCCGGCAUCGUCAUGAUGACAGCGUACGGACUCAUCUCCCUGGAGCUGUACAGGGGCAUCAAGUUUGAGCUGUCCAAUAGGAAAUCCAGCAGAGAAAGGCAGUGCAGCACUGGCAGCAUCAAAACCGGUGACCACGACGGCUGUUACAUGCUGCCGUCGAAGAAGAGGAGCAUCACCAUCAGCUUGUCCCACUCCAUUACGAAGCCCACGGCGGUGGGUCGUGUGUGCAGCAGCAGCUCCACAUCCAACCUGAUGGCCAAGAAGCGCGUGGUCCGCAUGCUGCUGGUCAUCGUCUUCCUCUUUUUCCUCUGCUGGACCCCCGUGUUCGUGGUCAACGCGUGGCAGGCGUUCGACCGGCGCUCGGCCUACCGCCUGACCGGUGCGCCCAUCUCCUUCAUCCACCUGCUGUCCUACACCUCGGCCUGCGUCAACCCCAUCAUCUACUGUUUCAUGAACAAGCGUUUCCGCCAGGGCAUGCUGUCCACCUUCAGCUGCUGCAGCUGCCUCAGGAGGAGCGGCUCGGGGGGGUCGGUCAGGACCAGUAAAAUGGAGGUGAGCAGAACGAGAGCGGCGCCAAAGACCCCCGAGCAGAAUGGUCACACCCCGACGAGCGGAGCCACCACACGCUUCAACUACACCGGCAUCCGACCGUCAGCCUGGAGUGAGCUGACCUAGACCGGACUGAGAAUCUGUGUUGUGGUCACGUACGUCCCCACAGUGCUUAUAGGACCAGUUAACGAGCAGCCAUGUUGCUUUAGCUUGACGUGUGACCAGACACAUGGGCACUGCAGUUAAAGAGCGCGAAGCAGCAGUGGCGCACAUCCAGAGCAGAUCAACACGGCCACAUGUUUCUGGAAAACCCUGAAGGGCCACAAGAUGAAGCAGAAUACACCGAUUAAUGUAGUUUACACAUGUUCUUUAAAGUAAUUGUAGCUCUGCCGCAGCCGUUUGUACCAGCGACCAAACCAUCUCUCCUCUCUUUCAUAAUCAUUACUCUAAAAAUCAUAACUCUAAAAAUAAACUGUUCUUUACUCAGGUGACAUUCUGAAAAGGGAACCAACCAGUUACCGAGACAUUUUCACCUACAGGGACAUUUAGUAGAUUUACAGCAUAUCACAUGAUUUAUACUGCAUUCCGCCACCAGGUGGAAAUCGAGAAGAUUUGGCUUCAGUUUUGGAGAGCUACAUCUUUAUGAUACAGUCUAGAUUCUGCAUCGCACUUAUCAUGAGCUCCUACAAGAAACAAAACAGAAACAAACCCCUAAAAACGUUGCUGCUCCGAAGCGCUACAAAGUCAAUAAACAGCAGAAUGUACCUUUAAAGGUUUGAUAUUGUGGGAAACUGCUAAUUCUCUGAUUAAAAAGCAAACAGCACCUUUAGCUCAUUAGCCUAAUUCCCCAAAAAUGUCAACAUAUCCCUUUAAAACUCUGCUGUGAUGCAUUAUGCUAAAAAUAAAUAUUUGUCUCUCUGCAUACAAGUCAUGAGUAAGAGAAACUACUACUCACGAUUUGUAGUUAAUUGGCUACAACGUGACGAACACCGCUGUUGACCUUUAACUAAUUUUUAGACGCUCGUGGCUGUGAAUCAAAGGCCUUCAACCAAACAGGCGUUCAUUAGUCAUUUUCGGUAGCAGCUGCCUGUCGCGCUGCAAAGUAACCACACGCAGCACCUUCAACCCCCCCCCCCCCAUCAUCCCCCUCAGCACACAAAGUGUUCCGGCUCAUCCUUGACCUCGCUGUUUGUUUGUGCGUGUGCUCUGCCGGAGCUGGAGCGGCCUUAUCGUUUUUGUGAGACUUUAAACACCUGGUUCACCCACUUUUUUCUUCAAAGACAUCAAAGAGUUCCAUACCUGGUUUUUAAAAACAACAGCGUUAAUGUAGCAACUUAUAUCUUUUUAUUUCCUCAUAUCAGUUUGUUGCCAUGUUGUAAUUAUUGUUAUGUAAAUUCUUACUUUUGGGGUUUUGAUGCGUUGACAUGAAACGAAGGGAUUGGAGGUAUUCUGUUUGACUGCAUGAUAACGUGCCUAUAACCUGCGGCUACACGACUGAAUGUAAAAACAUAAUCCCAGUGAUUUGAGUGGUUGUGCGUCUAAAAGCAGUUCUGGGGACGGCAUUGUGCUCUCUAACCAACGCGUGGUUGACCAUAUAAAGACCUCGAAUAACCCACUGUGCAACCGCAUCUGCGAAGACUUGGGGCAGAGCAACUCGGAGCUUUUAACGGCUUUAAUGAAAGUGGAUCUAAAGGACAGAGGGGCAUUAGGGCCCAGACAAGUGGCGGAAAGAAAAGGGGGGAAUCUGCUAGGACUUCUUCCCGGGGAUAAGAGCUCCAUUUGGGCUUGGUAGAUGCCCAAAGCCCCACUCGCCUCCACCGGGAAAUGUUUACCUGUCGCUGGGAGGGAGAAAAGACGGAAAUGUUUCUUCACACAAAAGGAGACACAAGCCAGAGUUGUUCAUUUGUACUCUUUUCAGCUUAAACCACGGUUUUGUGGGGGUAAAAAAUUAAUAAAA